AUGGAUUUUGGUAAUUCAAAAUCUGUGAGAUUUCAAGAUGAUCUUGAAACUGCAAAGUUGGCAACACCCAAAAGAGGCAAUUUGUUCAAGCUCAGCUCUGUAAUCAGUGGAAAACAAACACCCGAGUCAUGCAUGAAGAUUCCUACGGCAAAGAUAAUAGGGAAGCAAUUUCAAGAGAAAAAGCUUUUGAGAGUUUUCUCUGAGGACUAUGAUGUGGUGCAGAAGAACAUACUAGAUCCUCGAGGAACUGUUGUAAACCGCUGGAACAAAUGUUUCUUAGUUGCUUGCCUUAUUUCCCUUUUCGUCGAUCCCCUAUUUUUCUAUUUGCCAGAGGUGAAAGAGGAUAUGUGCAUGGAAGCAAGUGUGCCCCUUGAGAUAGCCCUUACAGUUGUUCGAUCUCUAGUUGAUGCAUUUUACAUCAUCCAGAUUUUUGUCCGGUUUCGAACUGCUUAUGUUGCUCCGUCCUCUCGUGUGUUUGGGAGAGGAGAGCUGGUUAUAGAUUCUACAAAGAUAGCCUCAAGAUAUAUGCAUAGAGACUUUUGGCUUGACCUAUUGGCUGCUCUACCCCUUCCACAGGUGUUGAUUUGGGCUGCAAUCCCUUGUCUAAGAGGUUCAACAAUGAUAAGUGCAAAACUCAUCCUACGAUUCACUAUAAUUUUUCAGUUCCUCUUGAGGCUCUAUCUUACCUUUCCGCUCAAAUCUCAAAUUACUAAGGCCACUGGGGUGGUGGCGGAAGCGGCAUGGGCUGGGGCAGCUUAUAAUCUGAUUCUCUUUAUGUUGGCAAGCCAUGUUAUUGGUUCCUGUUGGUACCUUUUGGCGAUUGAGCGGCAGGAACAUUGUUGGAAAGAAGUUUGUAAUAAUGAACAUCCAAAUUGCCAGUAUUGGUAUUUUGACUGUCGUACCAUGUAUGCUUCUAAUAGAGCAGCUUGGUUCAAAUCAAGCAAAAUUUCCGCAAUAUGUGGCCCUGCGGGUGAUUUCCAGUAUGGAAUUUAUGAAGACGCAUUGACAUGUGAAGUUACAUCAUCAAAAUUCUUCAACAAGUACUUCUAUUGUCUCUGGUGGGGUCUAAGGAGCUUAAGCUCUGUAGGGCAGGACCUCGCCACAAGCACCUAUUAUGGAGAAAAUAGUUUUGCCAUCAUCAUUGCAAUUGUUGGGUUGGUGCUGUUUGCAUUGCUUAUUGGGAAUCUACAAACAUGCCUUCAGUCCACUACUGUACGAAUAGAAGAGUGGAGGGUUAAGAGAACUGAUACAGAAGAAUGGAUGCAUCACAGGCAGCUGCCCCAUGAGUUAAGGGAGAGAGUGCGCAGGUAUGAUUUAUUUAAAUGGGUUACAACUCGUGGAGUUGAUGAAGAAGCUAUUCUUAAAGGCCUUCCCCUUGAUCUCGGUCGAGAUAUCAAGCGUCAUCUCUGCCUUGAUCUAGUUCGCCGAGUGCCACUCUUUGAUCAAAUGGAUGAGUGUAUGUUAGAUGCCAUAUGCAAAAGGCUGAAAGCUGUUUUAUGUACUCCGGGCACCCGCCUAGUCCGUGAAGGUGACCCUGUCAACGAAAUGCUCUUCAUUGUUAGAGGCCACCUAGAUUCCUACACGACUGAUGGAGGCCGGACUGGAUUUCUCAACUCAUGCCGAAUUGGUCCAGGUGAUUUCUGUGGCGAGGAACUAUUGACCUGGGCGUUGGACCCACGUCCAAGUGUUAGUCUUCCUUCCUCUACUCGCACGGUAACAGCCCUCUCGGAAGUUGAAGCUUUUGCUCUCAUUGCAGAGGAUGUGAAUUACGUAGCAUCUCGGUUCCGCAAGCUACAUAGCAGACAAAUAAGGCACACAUUCAGGUCUCAUUCACACCAGUGGAGGACUUGGGCUGCUUGCUUUAUACAAGCGGCUUGGUUUAGAUACAAAAGAAGGAAAGAAGCAGCUAAGCUCAAGGCUCAGGAGGGCCAUGUAACCCCGUCACCAGCAAUCAAACAAAAUGGCAUGCCCUUGCCCCAAUUGGCCUCAGAGUUGGCCAUGUAUGCAGCAACAUUAACAGCAAGCACUAGAAAGGGUGGGAGCAUGAGGGAUACUAGUGAAUUUGACAUCCUCAGUUCAUUGCAGAAACCAGUGGAACCGGAUUUUUCAAUUGAUGAUAGGUAA